CGGAUCGAUCCCAUAUUAAGGAAUAUGGCUAUUUUUGAGCUACAGAAGAUAAAGCUCCCACACCAUACCUUUGUGAAUGAACGGUUUGGUUAUUUAAAUGAGUCCCAGGCAGCCAGGCCAACUACUCUCGCUUGUACUUGUACUUCAGGACAGUGACUGAAGGCUAAGAAUAUUCACGGUCAAGAGUGAUUGUUCCCACCGCCCUCUCGACAAGUAAACACACACCUGACGUAGGGAACUUUCUCUUCUCUCAUCCACUAUGUCCUCGUUAACCAGCACUGUGGCAAUGGAGGAAGCACAGCGGAUCACCGCAGAAGAGAAAAUUCGCCAUAUUCUCAAGGUGUAUGCCUUGGGACAGCCUCUCUUUCCUCGCGACCUUCUUCAAGACCUUAGCCGUCAGAUCGACCAGGGACGUGAUGAGGUGCACAUUGCAGAUUUGGAUGGCGUUCCUCAGAAGCACAGCCUCAAGGUUCCAACCUGGUGCGCAGAUUGGGCGAACUCGUACCGCAUCUCCUACUGUAGCAUUCAAGCUAUGACCACCGUCAACCCUUUCAUGCCAGAUGAGAUCCUUCGUGACCAGCCUCCCGUUGCGAUCUGCUACACCAGAAACGACAAGAAACCCGAGAAUCCGCUGCAUGAAGUACGCAAGGCAUUCGACAACCAGCGCGAGGUGUGGCAGACUAGCGAGGCCUGCGAGGCUCUGCAGAAGCAACUCGCCACUAUGAGUCUUUCGCGUCCGAUCAACAAGAUUGUCUGCUUCGGACUGGGAACUUUGGGCCGCUUGAACUCCCGCAGCGCUGCACGCUCUCACACCCAGCACGCUGCCGUUGAAACGAUGGUGCAAGCACUGAAGGCAAGACAAGUCAACAGGAACGAGGAAAUCAGAUGUUUUGCGCAGGAUCCUGCAUACGACGAGGUCGACAUCGCACUGCUUAGAAGCAUCGACAUCACCCCGCUGGACGAUCCAAAGGGGUUUCUUGCAGUCGACGAAUCCACUCUCGUCUUUUGCGUCAGCCCCAACGUGCCGGUGAAGCAGAUCAUUGCCGAUGUUCAGUGGCCCGCGGCGAUGAUUUGGAACACCGUCAGACCUUCCGAGCCAGACGUCGCAAAGUGGGAGCAGCGUGUAAGGAAUGGUCAGGUAACCUGGGUUUGCCCCUACACCACUGAUCCGGACUCCUCGCGCGUACGCAAGAUGGUCAGUCAUUAUGUGCAUGCUCCGGUGGUUGAUAUGGACGAUUGUCUCGGGGAUCUGACAAUCUACAUGAGAUGAGAGUAUUGCUGGAUACAUCAUGAGCUGGAACAGGAUUUUUGGCUGAGGAAUCAUUGUACCAGAGCUGCGGCUUUUAGUCAAAGAAUAUAACCUUAUGGAUAAGAUACCCAGCC